GCAAAGAAUGCUCUUCUCGAGACACCGUAGUUUGAAGUGCGGAAAUAUGACAUUCUCUGGGCGAACUGAGGAAAAGUUGACAAACAAGUUCGCUGUCAUGUGAGCAAGAAGAGGCACCACCAUAGUUGGACGACAAAUUCGACUCCGUGUCGCCUUGUCUCAAACUCCACCUCGCUCUAAACCAUGAGCAGCAUGGAGGAAGUGGCCGAAGAGGAUGCACUGGAGGAUGCGCCCAAGGAAGGGGACGUGUGGGGAUCGUCGGUGCGCUGCCUGGGAUACCUGUCCAGUCUGAACCUAAUGGUGGCUGUCUGCUUGGGCAUGUACGUGCGCUGGGAGCUCUCCUCUGAGCCCAUGAUCCUGGUCAUCUUCAUCCUGGGCCUAUUCGUCCUAGGUAUCGCCAGCAUCCUCUACUACUACUUCUCCAUGGAGUCGGCCAGCAUCAGUCUCUUCUACCUGUGGUUCGGCUUCCUCCAGGGCCUCCUCUGCUUCCUCAACAGCCCUGCGCUGGACGCCGAGGUCAAGGAGCAGGUAACCAAUUACCUCCUCCUGGCCAGCGUGUCUGCCCGCGCCCUCUGGGCGGUAACGGAGCGCAUCGGGGGCAGCGUCCGCUACCGGCCGACGCUCCUCACCUCCGAGGAGAUGCUGGAGCUGCUAGGCUUCGCCAUCGCCAGCACCACCUUGCCGCUGGAGAAGUCGGCCGCGCUCCUGGCCCUGGUGCUGGCCCUGGCUGCCACAGUGGUGGACUUGCGCAUGAAGUCCCUUCUGGCCCUGCCCAAUCUGGCUUGCUUCGCCGUGGUCACCUCGGCCUUCUUCUUCAAGGCCAUGAGCGUCCGCACCAAUCCGUUCGCGCUCGGCUGCUACCUGGGCCGACUGCUGUGCGACCCCCUGCUGGAUGUCUACUUCAGUGGCCUGCCGCCGACCGACCGCUGGCGCCCGUUUCUCUCGCUGGGCCGCCUCUGGAGGAAGCUGUCCCUGCUGCCGCUGGCCCUGCUCGAGGGGGCCUUCUUCGGGCUGUGCGCCAUCAAGCUGGGCCACCUGGAGCUGUGGUACCUGGUCAUCCCGGGCUUCUGCGUGUUCGGGCUCUUCUGGGUGCUGUGCCACGCCGUGUUCCUGGCCUCCCUCUGGGGCUUCCACUCCAAGCUGGACGAGUGCCAGAAGGCCCACCGCGCCCAGGCGUCCGAGCUGCGGCCGCUGGACCGCGUCAUGGGCGCUCGGGGCAUGCGCCACUUCUGCCUGGUGUCCGAGAGACUGGUGUUCUUCAGCCUGCUGUCCACAGCCAUUCUGGGUGCCGUGUCCUGGCAGCUCUCUAACGGGCUGUUCAUGGGCGUGUUGCUGGUGGUGCUGCCGUUAGAGUCCCUGGCCCACGGCCUCUUCCAUGAGCUGGGCGGCUGCCUGGGAGGCACCUGUGCUGGAUACGCCAUAGUCAUACCCACCAGCUACUACAGUGCUGAUGGCCAGCUGGUCCUCCUCCCCCCGGAGCAGGUACAGGAGCUGAACGCGCGCUCUACCGCCGCCCUGUCGGCCUUGCAGCGCCUCUUCUCGCACCACCUCAUCCACACGUUCGGCUGCGACUACUCCACCAGCAGCCUGAGCCUGGAGGCCCUGCUGGUCAAGCUCAGGACUUUCCUGGAGCUGCGCACCCCCGAGGGGCCGCGCCACGACACCUACCUGCUCUACUACAGCGGGCACACGCUGCGCACUGGAGACUGGGCACUGGCAGGUGGGGACACGUUGCGGAUGGACCAGCUGCUGGAGCUGUGGCGGGAGCGCAACGCUGGCCACUGCUCACGCCUCAUCCUGGUCCUGGACACGGACCACUCCCAGCCCUGGGUCCGUGCCGUGCGGCGCGUCGAGGGCCUCUACAUCGCCGUGCAGGGAGCCCAGCUCCAUCCGACCGCCGCCUCCGCCAGUAACCGCUCCGGCGACCUGGAGGCCGGCGAUCCUCUCCUCAACAACGACGUCUCGGCGUCGCCACCAUGCCUGGGUGACUUCACGAAAGCCUGGGUCGACUACAACUGCAGUGCCACCGUCGCGGAGGGCAACGGCCGGCCCUGGGCGGAGCAGGCGGGCGCCCGCGGCAUCGAGGCGGACUACGGCGUGUCUAAGCCCUGGGCCGACUUCUCGCUGCACCUGCCCACGGGCAGCGACAUGAGCCGCCACUGGGAGGCGCACUUCCCGCGGGCCACCUACCCGGCGCUGGCCGUGGCUAACUGGUGCUGCGCGCUGCAGCCGUUCUGGGCGUGUGGCGCCUGCCUCCGCUGCUUCCGCCGCUUCAAGCUGGCCUGGUGUCCACCCAGCGUGCUGGACACGGGACAGGGCAUACGCCUGGUGCGCUCCUGAGGACUGUUUCUCACACACACACACACACACACACCUCUGGUGAUGACCAGGACAUAGAACAGGGCAUCUCACUAGUGUGCUCAAGGAAAGAAACAUCCAACUAGUCUGCUUCUGAAUGCAGGUGCUGUUAUAUGUGUGCCAACUCUGAUUGACUGCACCUUAAUGUUAGGCCAAACACCUAAGACCCCCCCC